UCAUUUCAUGUUCGAACGCAUUUUGUUCUGCGACCGGCCGCCAUACUCAAACAAAAAGAUUGAGAUGAAAAGAUAAAUUUUAUAUUUAUUGCAAGUUGUUGAAAGUGUUUUAAUUUACUAAAUGAGUUCUAAAUCAGAUGUAAAUAGAAGAGUACUCGCCAUUCAGGCGAAGAAGAAACGACAUAAACUAGCCAAGAAGAAAAACCGUGAGGAGGAUCACGGCGGUGGUGGACAAGGAAACGGGCUGCGCAACCAAAAUCAAAACCGUUUGGAACCGACACAUAGUUCUUCCAAUGAAACGAUCGAAGAAGACGAGGACGAACAAUACACCAGUGACGAUGAGGAACAGGAAGACAGCGCCGACUAUUGUAAGGGUGGAUAUCAUCCUGUCAAAAUUGGGGACUUGUUCCAGAGUCGAUACCACGUCACUAGAAAAUUGGGUUGGGGUCAUUUUUCGACGGUAUGGUUGUGUUGGGAUCUUGUCGACAAAAGAUUCACGGCGCUGAAAGUUGUCAAAUCGGCGCCCCACUUCACGGAGACGGCUCUAGACGAAAUUAAAAUAUUGAAAGCUGUACGCGACAGCGACCCUUCCGACCCGAAAAGGAAUAAGACCGUGCAACUUCUCAACGAUUUUAAAAUUACUGGUGUCAAUGGAACGCAUGUGUGCAUGGUGUUUGAAGUGCUGGGCCAUCAUCUACUCAAGUUGAUACUCAAGUCCAACUACAGAGGUAUUCCACGGGAAAACGUCAAAACAAUAAUACGUCAAGUGCUGGAGGGGUUGGAUUACCUCCACACCAAGUGUAAGAUAAUACACACUGAUAUUAAACCAGAGAAUGUGUUGGUGUGUGUAGAUGAGACAUACAUACGUAAACUUGCAGCUGAGGCCGUUGAGUUGCACACUCUUGGCCUAAGACUACCACACUCCCUCAUUAGUACUGCCCCGAAAGAGUUUCAAGAGCAGGUAGUGACAGCUAAAAUGAGCAGAAAUAAAAAGAAAAAGUUAAAGAAGAAAGCUAAACGUCAGUCAAUGUUGCUAAAAAAACAAAUGGAGCAAAUAGAAGAAAUGGAAGAGCAAAAGAAACUUGAAAACAGUGAGUCUGCUCCCAUGUCUCAGGACAAUGAUGAUUCACCACCGACUCCAGAAGAAGCUAGUGUUAUUGAUACUCGCUCUGAAAAUGAUGCUACAUUGAAUGGGUGUAGUGAAAUAAUAAGAAGAGCUGAUGACGAAGCAUUUGAUACUGAUGCUGAAGCAGUGCAGGUGCGGAGCAAACAGUAUGGCUGUGGUGAUGACGCUGGCACACCCAUGUCCGAGGGUGAGAUGACCGACACACCACCUUCUCUCAACUCACAGUCAAUGAAAGAGAAGUCAAUGGAUAAGCAACCUGAUCCAGCAUUUGAUAUCUGUGACUUAGAAGUGAAAAUUGCUGAUUUAGGCAAUGCAUGCUGGGUGCAUAGGCAUUUUACUGAAGAUAUCCAAACACGGCAGUAUCGCUCCCUGGAAGUGUUAUUGAGUGCUGGCUACGGAACGUCUGCUGACAUUUGGAGCACAGCCUGCAUGGCUUUUGAAUUAGCUACUGGAGAUUACCUGUUUGAGCCUCAUUCAGGAGAUGGCUACACCCGGGAUGAAGAUCAUUUAGCUCAUAUUAUUGAAUUACUUGGAGACAUUCCCAAGCGUAUUGCAGCAUCAGGAAAAUAUUCAAAAGUAUUUUUUAACAAGAAAGGUGAGUUGAGGAACAUAACUGGGCUAAAGCCCUGGGGCUUGGUGUCUGUUCUAACUGAGAAGUAUGAAUGGAGUCAAAAUGAUGCAGAGGAAUUUGCUGAUUUUCUAAAACCCAUGUUAGACUUUGACCCUAACAGGCGUGCCACUGCCUAUGAGUGCCUUCAGCACCCAUGGUUGAAGACGAGCUAUCCUGAAAAGAAUGAGUCUGAAGAAUAGUACACAUUGCUCUCUGUCUUUAGUGAAUGAUUGUACAUUCAUGAAAUCAGUAGUGUCAACAUACAAAGUAUUUCAGCAAUUUAUGUUUGAAUCAAAGUUUAUUUAUGGAUUUGUUUGUGAGUUAUUUAAUUUGUAUCUAGAUUGUUUUGUUAACGAUCUUUGAUCCAGAAAGUAAAUUGUGUGCAACUAUUGGAAUAAUGCUAAACAACAAAGUUCCCUGUAAUAUUAGUAGCGAGGUAUAUGAUACGCGCUGCUCAAGUUUGUAGACACAUUGGUGAAACACAACAUAGCAUUGGCAUUGUUAUAGACAAUUUUAAAUUACCCAAACUGUACAGAUAGCUUUAGGAAAAUUGUGAUGUAUGACAUGUAGACAAUAUAGGUUUUGUCACAUUAAUCUCUUAGGAAUUUAUUAGUUGAAAUAGCUCGGCACUACCACCUAGAAGUGAGGAACCUAAUGUAAAGUCAUGCAUGCGUACAGUAGCCAUUCAGGUAGUAUGUUCACAUAGUUUAAGUUUGUGUUUUAUCACUACACAAUAAAAAUCUCAUAAUGUAAACUUUAGGAAUAAGACAGUAUUUGUAAUGCCACACCUCCGAGACUGCCUUUUUGUAUAAUUCAAUGAGUCAUCUAAAUUAACAAUGGCUGGAGUCGUCAGACAUCUGGAGGCAGAGUAAGACAGUGUCCUCUUAACCAGCUAAUAUUAUAUAAUUUAUCAUAGUUCCCAAUUUACAUGACCAUUUGUAUUAAUUAUAUCUGCAAAUUUACAUGAAUAAAAAGUCGAAACGAGCUUGUUU